GCCAUCGCCCUCGACCUGCAAACUCGUCCUGCUCCGUCUGCCUUGGACCGCAAACCUCCCCCCAAGACCAAACCGCCAUCACCACCCACAUCCCGCAAUGAAGAUCACGACGCUGGCGCUGGUGCUGGCCAUGACGCAGUUGGCCGUCACCCAGAUUGUCCCCACAACUGGGGCCAACGCACCCACCACCCAGUCGACCACGACCCAGACCACUGCGGCAGCCAACCUGCCGACCACGACCCAGGCAACCACGACCCAGGGUGGCAACGCCGCCCCUGGAACUACCACAACCGCUGCCGCUGCUGCCGGCACCACCACCACCACCGCUAUCCAGCGACCCCAGGCUACCAACGGUGCCCAAGCACCUCCUCCCGGCACCGCAAACAACGGCAUCGGCGACACCUUCACGUUCACACCGGCCGGACGGCCUACCGCUGCCGGCAACGUGCCCGGAACCAGCGGCUCCUCCAACACCGGUACCUUCACCGACACGGGCAGCACCGUCGGCAUGUCGUCGUCGACGCAGGUUGCCAUCGGCCUGGGCGCCUUCUUUGGCGCCGUCUUCCUGAUCCUGUGUGCCGGCUUUGUCUACAAGCGAUUCGUCCGACGAUCAGGCUCCUCAGACGACUACGACGGCUGGAAGGUGUGGGAUUCUGCUCCGGUCAUUCCCGGCGUCCGCCGCAAGUCCACCCUCAGCAAGCGCUUUGGCGCUCCCUCGCAGGCGCCCGACCUCGAACCCGGUCGGCAGUUCGCAUAUCCCCCGCCCCCGCCCAAGUCAAACUCGUUUGGUAACCCGGGACAGCCCCAGAGCACGCAAGUCCACUUCCAAGAAAACGCGGGCCCGCGCUAAGGCUCUUGCAAACGAAGGGGGGGGGCAGCCAAGCCCGAAACGAUCGAUAGUGACCUGGCCACGACCCGACUGCCAGGGGCUGUACCAACUCCACACGGCCUCCAGAGGCGGCGCUUGGCUGCCAUGGUUUCUUGGUCGGCUAUUUUUUUCGCGAAUGAACACUUCUUUUUAAUUCCCGAUCCAACUGAAUCCCGUUUGAGGGUUGGAUAUAGACACCGAGGCUCGGACGUGUCGCCUCGACGCACCGACCUGGACCCAUCGCACUUUACUCUUUUUUCCCUUGCCCUUGCACCGUUUGCGUUGCCCCAUUCGGCGCAGUCAUUGCCCUGGCUCGCCGCCCCAUACUCUUGCACCUUUCAUCGGCCCAGGCCCACCAGCAUUGCUCGGUUCGGCCUGGCCUCUCCGCAUUUCUUGCCUCUGGCUGAUCUCUUUCCGACCUGUGCUGCCGUUCUCGAAUGCAAUCCGUCCUCUUGUGCCCGCCCA